UACUAGCAAAACCCUUCCCUCCUAAAGCUUUGAACUAACCGCGCCAUUGCCGCAGCACCGCAACGGUUCCUCGCCGGAGCUCCGGUUCUGCAUUCUCAUUGCAGAAACCAAAAUUGAUCACCAAAUACUCAGGCGAGUUUAUCUUUUGCGUUUAUACUGAUUCUAAAGCUUCGAUUUCGAUGAUUUAUCUCUCUCUCGGUUUUUCCCCUUCAGUAUGCGCGUCUCUUUGUUGAAAUGCCAAUUAUAACUGCUAAGGGUUGAGUUUCUUGUCUCAGUUCAAUGGUCAUUUCUUGAUAUUGCAAAGAAUCGCUUUGAGCGAGUUUCAUCACCUCGACAGAGUUUACAAACUUGAAAUUCCUUGUGGCUAGAACCUGCGAGCAAGGAAAGUUGAAUCACGAAAAGAAAAGAAAUCUCUGAAAUUUGGAGAUCCUGUUAGAGCAAAGGUAAGGGGAGGAUCAUCAAUUUUCCUACUCUAAAAGUUUAUAUUGAUAGUGUUCCUAUAAUAUCUAUAGCGUAUAAGGUGUGUAUACAAAAAAAAGAUGUACAAUACUUUAAAUUGAGUUGAAUUUUCAGCUGAAAAUUUUGACUGUAUGUGAGCCAAUUAUGAGUAAUUGAGUGGGUGGUAACCUAUUGAUAUACCAAGGGCUCAUUCAUGUUUUUUCUUGUGCGGAUGGGAGUUAGAUGGAGACCGGCUUUGUUGAAAGGUUGCAAUGGUAACUUGAUGCGCCAGUUUCUAAAUUUUCAUAUAAUUAAGAUGCUGCUUUCUGUUUCACAUUACAAUUACGACCGUGGUUUGUGUAGUCUCUUUAUGUAUGGAUAUUACUUCCUGAUAUGGCUUUGUUAGAUGGCAAUAAUACAGAUGAGUGCUGUGACAGAUUCAUCUGACAGUGAUGAGAGUGAUGACCUUAUUGCAUAUAUUGAGGAUGAACUAGAUGAAAGUUCAUCCAACUCAUCAUCAGAUAAUGAAGCUGAAAGCCAAAAUGAGUUAGAGGGUUUCAGCAGAACUAAAAAAUGUAAGUUUGAAAGCACCGAUGAAAUUGAGGGGUCUACUUCAGAAGGUACCAUGGAACAGAAAUUAGUGCCAUCUGUAAAGGUUGAUGUAUGUAUACAUCCUGGCUCAUUUGGAGGCAUGUGUAUAUGUUGUGGGCAAACGUUGGAUGGGGAAUCUGGUUUGCUAUUUGGGUACAUACACAAGGGACUAAGACUUCAUGAUGUGGAAGUUUCUAGAUUGCGCAAUAUCGACAUGAAGAAUUUAUUGUGCCGUAAAAAGCUUUAUUUGGUUCUGGACCUAGAUCACACACUGCUAAAUUCUACCACCCUUAAUCGUUUGAGCCAAGAAGAAAUGCCUAUAAUAACUCAGAAAAGUUAUCUAGAAGGUAGCCUCUUCAUGAUGGAGCAAUUACAAAUGGUUACCAAGUUGAGGCCCUUUGUCCGCACAUUUCUUAAAGAAGCAAGUGAAAUAUUUGACAUGUGCAUAUACACUAUGGGUGAUCGGUCCUAUGCAUUAGAGAUGGCCAGGCUGCUUGAUCCUCAAAGGGAAUACUUCAAUGCUAAUGUGAUUUCUCGAGAUGAUGGAACUCGAAGACGCAAGAAGGAUCUUCGUAUGGUGUUGGAGAAAGAAAGUGCAAUCCUAAUUCUUGAUGAUACAGAACGCGUAUGGCCGAAGCACAAAGAUAAUCUGAUAUUGAUGAAUAGAUACAUCUUUUUCAAUUCAAGUUGUGAGAACUUUGGCUACAAAUGCAAAUCACUUGCUGCAUUGCGGAUAGAUGAAAGUGAAGCAGAUGGACCGCUUGCCAAAAUACUCAAAGUGCUCAAACAUAUACACUGCACUUUCUUUAAAGAAGAUCUCGAUGACAGAGAUGUGAGGGAGGUUUUGUCAUCACUUCGAAGUGAAAUCUUAAGCGGAUGUGUGAUUGUUUUAAGCCGUGCUUUACGCCGUGACUUGCCAACACUCAAGAAGAUAGCAAAGAAGCUAGGAGCUAGUUGUUUAAAUAAACUUGAGCCCAAUGUGACACAUGUAGUUUCUAACAAUGUUGGAACUAGGGAGUCCCGGUGGGCACUGAAAGAAAAAAAGUUUUUGGUUCAUUCUCGAUGGAUAGAGGAUGCAAAUUUCUUUUGGCAAAAGCAGCCUGAGGAGUACUUCUCUAUCGAGGAAAAUAACUAGUUUCUUGUUGUAUAACACUGCUCUGUUGAUAGUUUGUUUAGAUUUUAUAGUAGGCCAAAGUUCUUGAAAAGGUAUAUGUAUAUGGAUUUUGAUCAUGGAAGAUACUUCAUCCAAAGGUGAAGGGUUCCGGUAUUCAUUUGCACAAUGGAGUGUAAAUUCUUUUCAUAUUAAUUUGUGUUUUCGGUUGUCAUAAUUUCGGAGAAGAUUAAUCCGGUUCAAGAGUUUGUCCAAUAAAAGUGUUGUAUCCUAAGUUGUAUAGUAGUUUAGAAAUAAAUACUUACAUGUAAUCUAAGAAAUUGUAGUUAUUGAAU